AUGGCUUCAACAGGUUAUGGGCCCAGCAGAGAAUCACGCUGGUCAAGGUUGACUUUCGAUGGAAACGAAAGCAAUUACGAACUGUGGGAAGCGAAAUUCCUCGCGCACAUGAGGUUAUUAAAACUAAAGGAUACUAUCCUGCCGUCUGAAGAAGAGGCUGACGCAACAAAGAACGAAGAAUGCUACGCCGAGCUUAUACAGUGUUUGGACGACACCAGUCUGUCAUUGGUAAUGAGGGAUGCUACCGACGAUGGCCGAAAGGCUUUACAAAUACUCCGAGACCAUUAUGCAAAUCAAGGCAAACCAAGAAUCAUCACACUCUACACUGAGCUAACGUCACUUGAAAAAGCACUUCACGAGACAGUCACAGAUUACUUAAUAAGAGCCGAGAAAGCAAUAACAGCGCUUAAGAACGCCAAAGAAACGUUAAGCGAUGGGCUAAUAAUUGCUAUGAUCUUAAAGGGGCUGCCUGAUUCAUAUAAACCGUUCUCGAUACAUGUGACCCAAAGUGCAAGUGAGAUAACGUUCGCGAAGUUUAAGAGCAUGUUGAGGAGCUUCGAAGAAACGGAAAAGCUCAACACCAAACCGAAAGUUGAUCAGGUAAUGAAAGCUGAGUUUCCUUCGCAAACAAUGACAUGUUAUGGCUGUGGGAAAAGAGGGCAUUUAGUCAGAGAGUGCCCUGCUAAGAGCGAGAAGAAGUGGUGUAACUAUCACAAGAGUACAACACACUCGGAUAGCACCUGCAGAAGUCAGCAAAAGAGCAAAGACCAAGCCAAACAGGUGUCGGAGAAAGAAAACACCUCUAAAGAUGAACAUUCAUUUGCAUUCAAAGUUAACGACGAAGCAACAGGGAAAAUCAAUCGAAUGGGAAUGUUGGUUGACAUAGGUGCCACUUCUCACAUUGUUACUACUGAUAUUUUAAAGCAAAUAGACAUGACAUUUAAACCAUCAAAACAUUACAUUGAACUGGCUGAUGGCACACGAGCCAGUAAUAUUGCAUUGAAACGAGGGGAUGCUGAAGUGUUUCUGAAAGAUACAAAUGGAAAAUGUGUGAAAACGGUGCUGAAAAACGCCUUAUAUAUACCAUCCUAUCCUCAAGAUAUUUUCUCAGUGAAGGCAGCCACAUCAAAUGGAGCCGAGCUUCGAUUUGCCCAAGAUACUGGUGAGCUAACCCUUGAAGAUGGUACCAUUGUUGAAAUUGAAGAACAUGGACGGUUGUACUAUUUGACUUCCAUAGACAGUCAUGAGAACGAUAGCGUAAGUGAAGUAGAUAAAGUAAAUCUCUCGUAUGAUAUUAACACAUGGCAUGAAAUCCUAGGGCACUGCAAUUUUGAAGAUAUUAUAAAACUACAGGGGGUAGUUAAGGGCAUGAAAUUCUCAGGUAAAAUUGAGUCAUCUAAGUUAGGUUGUAAUACAUGUGUAGAAGGAAAAUUUGUAAACAGCAGGAGUAGGAUUCCCGAUGCAAGAUCUCAAAAAUCAUUGGAGAAAGUGCAUGUGGAUUUGGCAGGUCCAGUUUCUCCUGUAUCAAGAGAGGGGUUUAAGUACUGCAUAGCUUUUACUGAUGAUUUCUCAGGAGCAGUAUUUGUUUACUUUGUGAAAUGUAAAAGUGACACCUUUGUAGCAACAGAGAAAUUUCUAGCAGACAUCACUCCUUAUGGCAAGGUAAGUUGCAUCCGUUCUGACAAUGGCUCAGAAUUUACAGGUAAGGCAUUUCAAACACUACUAAGGGAGCGUGGCAUAAAACAUGAAACUUCUGCUCCCUACUCGCCACACCAGAAUGGCACCGCCGAAAGGCACUGGCGCACAUUGUUCGAAAUGGGCAGAUGUCUUCCUCUUCAAUCAGGGUUACCAAAAACUCUCUGGCCCUAUGCAAUUCAAACCGCAGCUCACAUUAGGAAUAGAUGUUUUAAUAAGAGAACAAAGACAACACCCUACUUUAGCCUUACUGGGAAAGUACCUGAUCUUUCUAAAAUGUGGUUCUUUGGAUCUGAAUGUUUUGCUUACGAACAGGAGCAUAAGAAAUUAGACUCAAGAUGCAGCAAGGGGGUAUUUGUGGGAUACGACAAAAAUAGCCCUUCUUACCUAGUGUACUACCCAAAAAAAAAUGGGAAAAUCAUGAAACAUCGACUCAUUAGAUUCAUCAAGAAAUGUAGUGUAGAACAGCACACACAAACUGAUGAGUCCAGCAGGGAUUGUGAUGUACAUGAGAAAUCUGACCAUGAUACUAGAUCAGACUUAGAUAGUAUGAGCCUCCCUGUUUUAAGUGCAAUGCCGCCAAAUACAGUGCCUGAUGAGGAGCCUAGGGAUAGUGAGGGAAGGCAUUGCAGCCAUACUGAGAAUGACAGUGAGACAAAACGGUAUCCUCAAAGAGAAAGGAACCCUCCCAGAUACCUAGAAGAGGACACCCUCCUCCCUAAGAAUGCCGAUUGUGCCCACAUUAGUGUAGAUUACUGCUACAAAGUUUGUGGAUUACCACAAAAUUACACAGAAGCCAUGGGAUCACCUCAAGCUAGGGAGUGGGAGCAAGCAAUGAAGGAAGAGAUCAGCUCUCUGAAGGAAAAUGAUGCUUACGAAUUAUCAACUUUACCAGAAGGUAAAGCUUCAGUAGGGGGAAAAUGGGUGUACACAACCAAACAAGAUCAGAAUGGCAUAGAGUCCUUUAAGGCCAGAUAUGUAGCGAAGGGUUACAGCCAGGUAAAGGGUAUAGAUUAUCAAGAAACUUUCGCCCCGACAGCCAGUAUUACUUCAAUUAGGGUCUUAAUGCAGUUAGCAGUAAAACAUGAUCUUAUUGUCCACCAGAUGGACGUUAAAACUGCAUAUCUGCAUGCCCCCAUUACUCAAGAGUUAUACAUAGACCAGCCACAAGGGUUUGAAGAAGUUUCAGAGAGUGGUGAGAGGUUAGUAUAUAGGCUAAAGAAAUCGCUAUAUGGUCUAAAACAAUCAGGUAGAAAUUGGAACAUAUUGUUACACGAGCAUUUAGCAAAUGACGGUUUUGUCAGAAACCAUGCUGAUCACUGUGUAUAUAAGAAACAAGUUGAUGAUAAAAUUGUUAUCGUCAUUGUUUGGGUUGAUGAUCUAAUCAUAGCUUCAGAUAGUAUGCAGUUAAUGGAAGAAUUUAAAGAAAGUAUGAAGACACAAUUUAAGAUGAAAGAUCUAGUUAGAAUCACUUUCUUCCUUGGAAUGGAUUUUAAGCAAAGCAAGGGUGAAAUAAAAAUUAAUCAGAAAAGAUUCAUUCUUAAAAUACUAGAGAGAUUUGGAAUGAUAGACUGCAAGCCCAGGUUAACCCCAUGUGAGCAACGAUUAGAAUUUAACUGUGGUGAAUUGACCAACGCCAGACAGUAUAGAGAAAUGAUAGGAAGCCUAAUUUAUGCCAUGACCUGUACAAGGCCUGACUUAAGUUGGAUUGUAAGCAGACUGUCUCAAACUCUGUCAAACCCCAGAACGGGAGAUUUAAUUGCUGCCAAACAUGUCCUAAGGUAUCUAAAGGGUACCGUGGAUUAUGAACUCUGCUUUAAGAAAUCUGAUGCUGACUUGCAGCUCACUGCUUAUAGUGAUUCAGAUUGGGCCUCUUGCCUGGAAGACAGGCGAAGUACUACAGGUUACUGUUGUACUCUAACUGAAGGAGGACCACUGAUUUCAUGGAAGUCGAGAAAGCAACCAACGGUUGCCAUUUCCACUUGCGAAGCUGAAUAUGUAGCUUUAGCAAAUACAGCUCAAGAGUGUUUGUAUCUAACUCAAUUGUUAAACGGUAUGCAUAAGAAAGUACAUCAGAGUAUGAAGGUAAGUGUUGAUAACCAAGGGGCAAUUGCACUAAGUAAGAACCCAGUUAACAGACAACGUUCUAAGCACAUUGACAUAAAAUACCACUUUGUACGUGAAAUGUAUGUUAAAGGCAUGAUCGAUAUCGUAUAUUGUCCUACCCAAGAUAUGGUAGCUGAUAUCCUAACAAAGCCACCCACAAAAUGUAAACUAGAUAAUUUUAAAAGUAUCGUGUUCGGUUGUGGUAAUUAGUUUAUAUUCUGAUAACAAGUGAGGGUGUUGAGUUCAAUAUAAAACUGUAUGUUAUCCAAAUAUUAGUAUGACGUAAUACUGAGAGACAAAUGCAUGAUGGGAUAGUUGUGUUGUUAGUUGAACUUCCUCGUGAAAGUAACUUACUGUACAAAACUACAUUUGUAAUAAACGUGAAAAUAAAGAGUGAUUUCAUUACAAAUACGGUGUUCUAAAGUCAUGGCUUCAACACUAACUGCUGAAGGAUAAGCGUCACAUGGUCAUAUUUUCUAAUUCCAGUAAUAACGCGUGCCGCAAAUUAGUUUUGCACGCUUUGGAGUUUUGAUAUGUUCUUUUUCGAGGUGUUCAACCAAACGGAGGAGCAGUAAUACAUUUUACUGAAGACCAAUGCAUUUAUAAUAAGGGAUAAAUACUUCUAACGUUAACAACUGUGAGCGAUGGCCUUACAUUCAGAAAAAGUCCUUGAAAUAACACUAUAUAAAUCGUGUUUUGGAUGCUGAUUCGAACAGGACUAUUACGAACUAAGGAUAUGUUCGAAGUGGCAGAAGUUAUGUUCGGCGAAUUAGGUAUAUGGCUAGUUUACAUUGUUCGAGAAAACUGAGUAAUACAGUAAAAUAUAUGCCUUUAGGCAGUACAAUCUAAAACUAUGUGGUGAUUUUCAAAUGCUUCAUGUAACCGAGAAAGAAAGCGCGAUUGGUUUUACUGUUAUGCAGUACUGCUAUACCGUGAGAACAAUCAGUUUCUUUCCCAAAGGUGUCACCUUGCUGUCAUUUAGAAAACUUAUAGCCUUCGUUUCUGCGUGAUGAAUUUUCAGCAAAAAUACUCCAUUCAAACACUUUUGUUAAGCUCGGUUUGCAUAAUUUUCUUCAAAUUUUCACAGAAUACGUACGAGAACAAGGGCUGUAAAACUACUCAAUUAGAACGAAGAUUUAGAAAGAAAAUUAUAUAUUACGAAAAGAAAUAGGAAAACCUCUUGGCUAGCUACCCCACACAUUUUUGUACAGGCAUCAUGCAUUUGAUUUUCCAAAAAGCUUACUUUGGCGGGAUUUCAUUAAAAUGAUACUUUAACAAAACCUUUCGCGUGAAGUGAGUGCGUUCUUCCCUCGUCCGGAAAAUUCGAAACCUUGAUAUAAGGGUCCGUUCAUUAUUUAUACCUGGGGUUGGUACCGAAUAGAAUCGACAAACAUUGUAAUUUUUUUAUUUACCCAACCUCGACAUUGGUCAAAAUAAUUUUUACCCAACCCAUGUGUUACUCUACUUAAACACACAAGAUUAUAGUGACAGAAAUCAAGUUGUGUAAAUUCUAAAACCUCUCUCAAACUCACUGAGUGUGCAAAAGCAAUCACGUUCCUGCUGAUCAAUGAUAGCGAGAGUCCUUCAUCAAUCACUGAUGGUCUAUUUUGGUACAGAUUUGGUAUAGAUUUUUCUUCAUAUUUUCCAAUGCAUGGUAAUUAAUCAGAGUUGCACAACCUGUUCAAAUUUCUUCCGGGUAAAAUUUAAAGUUUGAAACCUUCCUCAAAAUAAAUUGAAUAAAUAAUAAAAUAUGGCUUCAUCAAAUAGCAAUAUGCUAGAGUAUAUAUAAACUUAAGUCUUAUUCUGAUUCUGAAAGCAUAAAAUUCGAAAGAGAUGUGCCGUUAAAUGCAGUACAUGAUUCUAAUAUAUAAUUUGCCGUAAUAGAUUUAUACUUUAGACAAAUUGGACAGUCCUUACCUAGCACGUCUACAUCCUAUAUGAUAUAUUGAAUAUAAAAGAAUAUAAAAAAAGUCAUGGACUCAAGAUGUGAUGGUUUCUGAAUCUGUAAUAAAAAGCACAGUGGUACACACGUAAAAAUUGAGAAAAUCAACGACUUGUUCCCAGUUGAUAUUGACAGGCGUGAACAAGGUUGUGCUGUCCACUAUGAACAAGUUGUCAACAAAACUUGAAACAACAUUGUUGACAACUUGUUCAUAGUGGGCAGCACAACCUUCCUGUAAAUAUCACUGAUGUAGGAAUACCAACUGACUGAAGUUGUUGAUUUUCCACCUGUACACAUAUUAUAUAGAGGUCAGUGGUAAAACCAUGGCAACAACAUUCCAGAGGUACUAUUUGAUGUUUCCGUACUUGUGGUUUUGGAAGUUAUUUGAGAGUGUUUAGGUCUUUAGAAGUGUGACCCAAUCGCCCAAUUUCACAAUCAGCAAGGCAGCGAAUGCUCUCACUUGUUUCCGGAGCAAAGUGCUAAAUUAUCUUAUAGUUUGUGGGAAUUGACAGUAUGGGUAUCAGGUAUGUAAACAAUGAUUUCGAUUAUAGCACCUCAAUACAUUUUGUCGAUCUGUAUUAAAUCAAACUGUAUUAUUUUAGUCAGACUCACAUCGCACAUGCAAAAAUUUCUUCCCUAGCUUUGUUUAUAAUUUUGUGGCAGUUUACAACAUUUCACCUUGGCCAUAUCUAUAUAAUUAUUACAAUGUUUAGUUGCUACAGCAUUGUUGGUUCAUUUCAUUUGUAACUAUUAAUUAAUUCUCUAAAAAUAUUGGAAUCAUGUAACCAAAUAAUCUCUGAAUAAUAUAAUGUUCAAUGUGAGUUUCUUAUUGUCACCAUGAGAAUAGCUCUUAGUAAUAGCCUCCUAGCUGUUAUUGGCGGUGCAAUGGCUUAAGGUGCCUUUAUUGGUUGACACUUACACAUUUUAAUUUUACAGAAUAUUUUCAGUUAUUGUCUUCUCAGUAUUCUCCAAUGUCAUAGUCAUCUGGUAUAGGUACUAUAUCAGAAUAGUACCACCACAACUUUGUCAGCCUUAACUGCCUAUUCAACUACAAUUGAUUUUUUUUUACUUUACAAUACUUUUACUUUACAGUAUUUUUACCGCAGCUUUUUUGCAACUCUGGCCAUAACUUUGGUUUAAUUUUAUAGCUGACAGACAGCCAUAAUUUUUUUUCCAACCCAUGAGCUAGUCAAAAACUUGAUUACCCAACCCAUAUCUCUUCGGUACCAACCACAGGUUUAAAUAAUGAACGGUCCCUACUAGUCAAAAUUUGAGGUGGAUUGGUUGAAAACAUGCACAAGGCGCAAUUUCAAUUUUUGUGAAUAACUGUCUCGUAACUAUACUUUUUUAGUUUGUUGAUACAUAUUCAGAAGCCCUCAAGCUUGCAUGUUUAGAUAUUUACACUAUUAUAUAGGUCAGAAAUAUUUUGAUAGUCUAAUAUCUAAUAUGCGCAUUUGAUAAUAAUUUAAUGAUGCUCGCGCAAAUAAAUUAUAUUACAAUUAUUUUUAGUAAACAUUGACACAAGUGCCGACCAACCAAAAGCAAGGAACCGUCGAGGGGUUUGCGGUAAUAGACAGUUCGAUCCAACAUUCCAAAUAUGCUGCUCCGGAGAGGUCUUCUUAAUAUCUGGCGGUAGAACCAGAUGCUGUGGAAACCAAAGCUACAAUUCAACCUUCAAUAUAUGCUGUGGAGGAAAGAUCUUAUCAAAGUCUAAUGAAGGAACAAGUACAUCAAAGUCAAAUGGAACAACCGAAUGCUGUGGUACUCAAAGCUACAAUUCAGCAUUUGGUUUAUGCUGUGAAGGAACAAUCACAUCAACUUCAAAGUCUAAUGAAGGAACAAGUACAUCAAAGUCAAAUGGAACAACCGAAUGCUGUGGUACUCAAAGCUACAAUUCAGCAUUUGGUUUAUGCUGUGAAGGAACAAUCACAUCAACUUUAAAUGGAACAACCGAAUGCUGUGGUACUCGAAGCUACAAUUCAGCAUUUGGUUUAUGCUGUGAAGGAACAAUCACAUCAACUGUCAAAUGGAACAACCGAAUGCUGUGGUACUCGAAGCUACAACCCCACAUUCAGUAUAUGCUGCGAAGGAACAAUCACAUCAAAGUCAAAUGGAACAACCGAAUGCUGUGA